UAGUAUUAAAGAGGAUAUGAAAAAUUUCUUUUGUUACGUAUUCAGGCAACAAUAAAUAUAUGAGUUCGGCAAGGGUUUCUUAUAAUAAAACAACACGUUUAUUAAACACAGAAAACAAACCCCCCAAAAGUAAACAAACACUACCGUAACCGGAAACAGCUGCUGAGCGGCUGUUCAAACAGUUCGUAAAGUGAUAUUCCAAAACAGUUCUUUGAAGUGAUAUUCCAAAACAGUUCUUAAAGUGAUAUUGCCAAAAGUUCGAUAUGCUCACAGUCCAUUUAAAAGGAGAGACUUUACAGGACGAUUUAAGUUAUCUUUCACGUCGUUUGCUUCGAUUCCCGACGUCGAAAUUCCCACGAAGAAUUUACGAAACAGAACGUCUUAAAGGCACUGACCUUUCCUUCUCCACUACCUUCAAUCCUUUCUAGGUAAACCUAGGGAUUAACACGAAGAUAGUCAACGAAAUCCUUCCAAAUAAGGAUCAAACAAAGGUCGCCCCCGUUUCACCGUAGAAAGCGAUUCUCCUCGAUCUUUAACUUCCAACCUUGAAAUCUUCACUCUCCUUUAAUUCUCAAACUAACAGAAUCAUAAAGAACCUGUUGGCAUUAACCUUUUAAACUUUAGGCAUUAAAUAAAAACUUCAUCCUUCAACUAAACUGCGUCAUCACUUCAAACACGCAGUGGCAUGAAGUCAACUUGGCAAAUCCAGCCACGAACUGCCCCUCCUCACAGGGUGGGGUCUACCUUUUAUAACCUGUAAAAAACCCAUCACAUGAUCUCUACUGGCGGGAAAAUGAUGUCAUUCCACCAUCACAAGACCAUCACCUCAAGUCCAGUACAGCUUCAACCCCAGUCACAUGACAAGGGCACCACCGUCAUGUGUCACGAGUACGUAACACUUUAGAUAUACAAAGUUUAAAAGAGAGGCAAAAGUAGAUAUUGGUUCUCUGGAAGAUGGUGCUGGAGAGGUGGUAAUGGGGUACAGGGAAGUGGCAGACAUACUGAAUAAGUAUUGUGCAUCAGUCUUCACUGUGGAAGACAUCAGCAGUCUGCUGGAAAUUCAAGAGAAUCAGGAGGCAGAAAUGAAUGAUUUUGCCUUUAUUAGGGAGAUGGUCCUUGGGAAACUGACAGAUCUCAAGGUAGAUAAUUCACCUGGACCAAAUUGUCUACACCAGUGCUAUGAAAGGUGUGGCUGAAGAGUUUGUGGCAGUUUUAGGAAUAAUCUUUCCAUAAUCUCCGGUUCUGGUGUGGUUCCAGAGAACAGGGAAAUUGCAAAGGUCAACCACUCUUAAAGAACGGAAGGAAGCAGAAAGGAAAUCAUAGGCCAGUGAGACUGACCUCAGUGGUUGGGAAGAUGAUGGACAAUUGUCAAGGAUGUAUUUUCGGGUAUUUGGCAACACAUGAUAAAAUAGGCCAAAGUCAGCAUGGUUUCCUUUAGUCAUUUCUCACCAAAGUCUUGUGUAUCUGCAACACUUCUUCUCAAUUCUUAUACUCAGUGCCAUGAAUGAUGAUGGCUAGCAGGUCAAACACCAUCUUCACCACCAUAUCUAGCUGAGAUGUCACUUUCAGUGAACUAUGCAGUCACAUGGACAUUGUUUAUAUAAAUUAUGAACAACAAAGGUCCCGGCACCCAGUGGCACAUCACUAGACAGAGACCUGCAGUCUGAGGCAUAACCCUCAACCAUCAGCCUCUGCCUCCUGUCACUGAGGCAAUUAUAAAAUCAAUCAACUAUCUCCCCUGGAUUCUAUCUUCUAGAUGUAACCUUCUAGACCAGAGCCAAAGGCCUGGCUAAUGUCCAUAUGGACAACAUCCACAGCCCUAACCUCAUCAAUGCUCUUGUGAAACUCCUCAAAGAGCUGCAAGAAAUUUACCAGACAUGAUUUCCUUUGCACAAAACUGUGCUGACUGUCUUGAAUCAGACCAAAUGUCGGUAGAUCCUGUUCUUCAGAAACCCCUCUAUGUGCAUCCACCCGACUUUUCAUGUUUCCCAGUUAAAGCCAGUUUCCGUCAGCCCCUUGUGUCCCCGGCUGAGACUCCCCCACCUGCCCAUAUCAUCGACAACCAUCCACCAUACACCAUCCGAAGACUACUGGAUGUGCGCCGUAGGGGCAGGGGUUUCCAAUACCUGGUAGAUCAGGAAGGGUACGGUCCAGAAGAGCGUUCCUGGGUCCCCCGCUCCUUCAUCCUAAGACCCUUCUCUCAUCCAGGAUUUUCAACGGGAACAUCCAGACUGGCCUGGAGGCUCCCGUUGAGGGAGGGGUACUGCCGUGGUCCAUUCUGGCAAUGCCCCACCUUCCUACUUACCUCAGGAAUUGGCUCUCAAACCCCUCAUUUAGUUUCCAAGCUUUCUCAGGUUCCAGUGACUAUACACACCUGCUUUCCAUCAGAAAAUGCACGAUAAAGGCCCUGUGAUCACAGCAAGGAGCUGCCAGUUCUUUGGUCGACUCCCGUGAGUAACCUCGUUUCAUGGUUCUUAGGACUGCCAGUUCUGAGCUAGCAUCGCUCCUGGAUACCGAUUCCACUCUCACUACAUCAACAACACCUCCUGACUAUGUCUCCGCGCUCGUGUAACAGUAAUAGGAGUUCCCCCGUACAAGGACAGUGCGAAUAGAAGGUAUUGUCAUUUCUUCCGCUUUGUUUUUGGCGAUUAUCUUUGAAUUUUCCUUAAAUACCUUAUGUUAUAAAUCAUGCAAUGAAAAUAAUGUGGCGAGCGUAAGGAUUUACGAAUAAAAUUUUAGCCGUUACUUGGCCUUAGACUUAACAUUCCAAUAGAUUCCGCGUCUCGUAAAAUCUGGGGAAAAAAAAGAAAGAAUAGAAAUAAAAUAAGUAAUGUAUGAAAAUACAUCAUCUCCAAGAAAUGGCACAAACUGUCAGUUGUGGGUGGCAAGAUGAACUGUUAUCCUAUUGAUGAACUAAAAUUGGGGUGCUUUGGGCUAAACAGUACAAUUCUAUGCUGGAUUUGUUUUCAGUAUUCAAUCUGUCCAUAGGUUACAGAUACUUUCAUGGACCAGACGCCUUACGUUCUUGACGGAUGACCCCCAUAUCACUGUGGAUUUCAUGAUGUUUCUCCAGUUACACAACUACCCUAGUUAGUAACUAAGUUAUUUUUCAUCUAACUUGACCACUAUUUUGGUAUUAAACCAAAGUGAAGGCAGAAAGGAGGUAUGAAUCCUCGCCUUGCAGUUAAACUCGACAAACUAAAUGCCUUUCGUAAUGUUUGAAUAUUAAUGCAAUGUAUUGACUGAAAGAAAUGGUUAUUACUUGAGCCUGAUAUUGCUCCCUGUAAAAGUGUUGAGGCAAAGAGUGGUACCUUUUGAAAAUCAGAAACUUGUUUGCCACAGAGACCGACGUUCAACAUUCUCAUUUGAAAGGGAGGACAAACAAAAUAAAAUAUAAUUGUUAUUUUGUGAUCUCUCAGAGGAGGAAUUUUCUUUGCACGAUGAGACAGCUCAUAUAAAUGGUUUCCCCGGUGUGCUUAUUCAGUGGACUGUCACUGAUGUGACUAACGAGGUGCUAUGACUAAAUGCCAGAGUGAGCUCUCGUCUCCUGCAUAAGAGCUUACGAAACGAUCAACAGCGGAUAUCGGCAUUUAGACCAUUUCACCUGAUCGCUGUUUCGCACCAUGGGUUAUGCGGCAGUUUACUACAUUGCGAGUAUUUACUAUCCUGUAUUGGCAGCGAUUGGUAUCCCUGUUAAUUUAUUGGCGAUUGUAAUCCUAUCGCGGGGAAAAUGCGGACUCUCCAAAUGUGUUUCCCGUUACUUGGUGGGAAUGGCAGCAGCUGAUUUAACGUGUGUUAUCAUUGCUGUGGUUAUUGAUCAGAUCAAUAAUAUUUAUAUUUAUGCCGUUCCUCUGCUCUUUACACCGAUCUGCGCCGCGACAUUUGCCCUGAGGCUCGCAACCAUGGACUGUUCAGUUUGGCUCACGGUGGUUUUCACGUUCGACCGCUGUAUUGCAAUCUGUAGUAAAAAGCUUCGGGAACGAUACUGCACCGAGAGGACAGCGACUGUGAUGAUAGUGAUUGCGUGUUUAGGGUGCUGUGCGAGGCGUGUUCCAUUUUACUUUGCAGUUGUUCCUUACCUUAUCAUUGACAACGUUCCCUGGUACUGCAUUCUCAAAACGGAUUACGGUACUUUACCAUGGUGGAAAGCAUGCCAGAUGUUUAACAGUAUUAGUACAACAUUAUUACCAAUCACUCUGAUUGUAUUGUUUAAUACUUUAACAAUCAGUCAUAUUAUAGCGGCGAACAGAGUCCGCCGGGGGCUCAGGAACAGCAGAGAGAAUAACAAGGAUCCGGAGGCAGAAAACCGGAAAAAGUCAAUGAUUUUGUUAUUCGCUCUGUCAGCCAAUUUCAUAUUGUUGUGGAUCCCCUUUAUUGCGUAUACUAUAAACUGGCAAAUUCAGAAUUACUUUUACACAGACAGAUAUUUGAAUACCCCGACGUAUAUCCUGCAACAGUUUGGGUUUAUGUUGCAGUUUCUCUGUACCUGCACCAACACGUGUAUCUACACCCUGUCACAGAGAAAAUUCAGGCAGGAGCUGAAGAAUGGAGUCAAACAUCUGGUUACAUUAAAUUACCGGUUUUGUAAAUAAAGCGAAAAUCUAAUUGUAAGUUCUGCUGGGCGUCCAAAUGAAAUUCCAUAACAUUCGAUUUACUGGCAAAUGGCCUACAUUUGUGUAGCCA